AUGGCAUCUGGCAAAGUCGCUUACAGCCCCUUCAACGACAAUACUCCAGUCAUCCGCAUCCGGAUCGUCGCUCAUUACAACCUCAGCCAAGUCUCCUCCGCCAGUUACGGCCACUGGUCCAUCUACCUAUGCAAGCCGAACAACCUUGGCUCCACGCGCAUAAACAUGCGAGCCAUAUGGGGUGAGCCAGAGGGUAUCCUAGACUGGACCAAACACCCCUACGAGAUGCCAAUUCCUAAAACAAUGCAUUGGGACUGGCCUGUUUCUCGCGACUCUGAAGUUCGACAUUUUGCUAAUUAUAUCACUACUCUGGGACGGGAUAAGUAUACAUUUUCGGUGAAUAAUGGCGGGUGUCGGUAUUGGAUAGCCACGGUUUUAUCGGACUUCGCCAAUGCUGAGUUCAUUCAGUACAGCGUUUUUCAGACCAUGCUUGGAAAUCUAAGAUAUCGGUAUUAUGCAAACGCGCCCCCUGCCUGGAUAGAUAUCAUUCCAGGUACCUUUGCUAGUGGUUACGUGUUACCGGAAUUCCGGUGA